CAUUCAACCAGAGACGCCACCAGUUUUGGUUAUGGCAUCUUUCAACUAAACGCUGAACCAUAGAAAAGACAUUCCAUCGAACCUAUCAAUGGUUUUGUGUCAAAGCAGACAAGUGCCCGCGUCAUCUCAACUCUGAAUACCCCUAAGGACCCCUCCUCUUUCUCUCUCGUACCUCUCCGUAUCCCUACAUAUGUAGAACGCCUGAGCGACCCGCCGGCAGAUUGGCAACAGGCAUAACCACACACUCCACUACGGAUACGGAUACAGCAACUGUUCUCUGCUCUUAGCUCCCAAUGCUCGAACCCGACUGCGGCGACGAUGCCUGUUCACCCCCGGGCUUUGGCUCGCCGUCUACCUUCUCAACCCUCGUCUCCUUGACACCCUUCAUCCUCACCUUCGGCCUCGUCGUCCUCGUAGUCCUCCGCAACAUCUUCCCUCAAUUGUCCCGCGUUCAAAACUCUCGGGAUGGCGAAGAUCACUUUCUACCGUCCGAUGCGCCCUUGUCAUUACAGCAAGCCCACGCUGAACAUGGCGCAAAGUCCAUCAGGAGACGAGUAGCUGCCGGCGCAUUCUCGACCACUGUCGGACUAGCUACCGUACUUGCAGAAUUAAUUCUAUGCGAAAUCUCCGACCUCGUAAGCCCAUAUGCUCGAGCGACCGCCUUGAAGAUCACUGUGCCGACGCUGCUGUUCUUCCUCAUCGUCGUCAUACCUUUCCUUGAGCUACAGUCCUUGAUCUCAGGGUCCGGAUGGAGCUUUCAGAAAACUUCCAAGGGCCGUCUGCCCAGAACCGCUUGGGUUCUGCAGUUUGCAGUAUUCGGCCUUUGGCUGUUCGCAUUCUGGUCUCUGGGAAACCUCGUACCUGUGGGCAGCGAGUUUAUGCAUUCUGCCUCUCCGACAGACCGUUCCGGCGAAAGUGCCGGCGGACUCGCUCGAGCUUGUCUUGAGCGUAUUGGUAUUAUUGGUAUCUCGCUCAUGGCCUUGCUCUCCGGCUUUGCCUCUGUCUCCUCUCCGUGGCAUACCUUUGGUAGCAAGACCUCCCGGAAACCUGUCACAGACGCCGAUGUUGCGCGGAAGCAGGCUGGACUCGAUGCUACCAACGAGAUGCUUCUGACCAAACGCCAUCGCCUUCAGACACUACAACGUAAGGUGGCGGCCAACACAUCAUCCACUCAGAACUCCGGUUUCUUGACCAAGGUGGUCGGCUCUUUCCGAGGCUCAGGGGACGAGACCGAAAUUCGUGGGUUGAAGUUGGAAAUAUCUGGCCUGGAAGCCAUGGAAGCCAACCUAUCAAACACACUGUCACAACUACGCUCCAGACAAGCGGACUCGGCACGAGCAGCAACUCCAUUGGGUAAACUAUUUCUGAUACCUACAUACGCCUUCAGCAUCUACUGCAUGUACCGGAUUGCAGCGACCAUUAUUACCUCGUUACGACGUAUCUACUCGCCAUCGGCAUCCUUUGCGUCCUCUGAUCCCAUAAAUCGCUUUCUUGGCCUUAUUGCCAAGCACUGGGACCCUAAACUGGACCAGACCGCUUGGGCUCGCCAAAUAUCAUUCCUGCUUUCCGGAGUUAUUCUUGCCGCCAGCGCCAACUCAGCACUCCAAACCUUCCAUAUCUUUGCCAAAUGGACCCCCGGUCUGUUGUAUCAAGCUCAGGCGAAUCUUGCUCUACUCAUCGGGCAGAUCAGUGCUAUCUACGUAAUAUCUGCCGCGUUGCUAUUACGGAGCAAUUUACCAAAGGAGGUUGGAAGUGUCGUCGGCGACGUGCUGGAAAGUGCACUAGAACCAGGCUUCGUGGACAGAUGGUUCGAAGGUUGGUUCCUCCUUGCCAGUCUUGCUACGGCAUGUGGAAUUUGGAUUGGUAGAAAGAUUGGAGAGCUAGGUGAGGAUUGGGACGAUAUAAGUAUGGAAGAAUUGGGACAAAAGCGGUCCUAGAGUCAUGAUGGUCAUUUCGAAGCAUUGGAUACGGCUUGGCGUCACAGGCGUUUGCUCGCAAAACAUUACGAAUCGAUAUUGUCUGUGAGCUAUAUAAUUAAGUUCUCGUUGAAAUAUCAAGGGAGAAGGUUUUGCCCAUUGAUAUCCCCAACCGUGAUGAUAGGGAUUGGUGUCUGGCCCCUUCAAUAUUUAGUAGGAGUCGAGAUGCACUGCACAAGCCUCACAUAUGUCACCAGCUGUAGCUCGCCCAUGAAAACUUAAACAGCCCAGCUCAACCUGCGUUACAGCGCGAUUCCGACACAGGCUCCAUGAGCCUGACGAUCCAGGGAACUCGUACAUAGAAUGUGGCGUAGCUUGCUCGAAAGGUCGGCAGAAGUCGCCCGCUUCGUAGGUGGCAGUUUUCUUUUCUCAUCUUUCUUUUUUUUUUUUUUUCAUUUCUUUUU